AUGCAAGCUAAUAAUGGUGUUGAGGCAGCUAUGAAGGAUAAUUUGACAAAAGCCCGUACUCCUGUCACCAAAGGCAAAGCAAAACUUACAAUGGCAGCUAUGAAGGAUAAUUUGACAAAAGCCCGUACUCUUGUCACCAAAGGCAAAGCAAAACUUACAAUGGGAAAAAAUGAUUUCUCUAAGGCCAUUGGGGCGGGAAAAGAAGUUUCGGUGAAUCCAUCUUCACUGGACGUUCCAAAGGAAAGUUGUGAGUCAAAUAUACCCGAUUCGGAAGAUGAGAUUAUGGAAAUUUUAAGAGGGUUUACCAAUCACAACCAUGAACUAUGCUGCAAGAAGCGAAGGACAGAUAAUUAUUCGAUGAGUUGGCUUACCGAGCGCGAAUCUCCAUCUCCUCCGCCACCAGAGUCUGUGCUUUUGGAACGACAUGAGAGACUUAGAAAGCUGUUACAGAAACAGAAAGAGGAGGUUAGCAAGGCGUUCCAAAUCGUAAGAGAGAAGGCUUUGGCACUUGAAUACCGGAAGGACUUUCGGAUUCGCUCCAUGUCUCCUGUUUUCAUAACCGAAUCAAAGGGGCCAAGUACACUCUAG